AUGCUUAAAGUCUCCAAAACGAUAGCAACAAAUCCAUUAAUUGGACAAGUUCAAAAUAAAACUGAAAAACUUCAUACAGCUAUUAAUAAAGCUGGCCAACGUGUUGCUAGUGAAGCAUCAUCAGUAAGAAAUAAUUUAACAUCAUUCGAUAUUAAUGAUGUUAUUAAACGAGUACAUAGUUCUAAAAUUCAUGAUUCUGUUGCAUUAAAUGCCGCUCGUGACAUAAAAUCCAUUCAUCAAUCAAGUUCACCUGAUUUACUCAAUGAAAAUCUUAGGUCUAUUCCUUAUGCACGAAUGCAUUCAAAAGAAGAUAUAUUCUCUUCUGAACCACAAUUAAUUAAUGAUGAUCAAAUAUUAUCUUCAUCAUCGGAUUCAUCACCUUCAUCAACACCUGAACUUGAACGACAUAGAAGUAAUCCAUUAAUAAAUCUUGAGACUGAUGAUGAUAAUCCAUUAUUGCCAGCUCCUGUUAUUCUAAAUGUAAUUAAUACUUCUUCGACACCACCAAUUCAACGUUCAACUCCUCAAAUAGAUUCCAAAAUAAAACAAUUACAAUAUGAACUUCAAUAUAAAGUUCAAACAUUUGAUAGUAAACGUAUUGAUCCUCGAAAUGAAUAUGGACAACAAAAAGAAAUAAAAAAACUUGUUGAACAAUUUGAUCCACUUGAUGACCCAUAUUAUUCAAAUAAAAUAAAGAAAAAUUCAAAUGAAUAUGUUUCUUCAAUGGCUGUUACAUUUCGUUUUGAUGAUAAAUUAUUAUCAAAUACGUCUGAUCGUCAUCCAUCUGUUUAUGAAGCAAUACCAACAAAUUGUGUUAAUAAUGUUCUACAAAAUAUACAAACAACAUAUGGUACAGCAAGUCGAACCAAUUUACGAUCAACUUAUUCUAUGCAAACAAAAUCCCAAGAAAAUAAUUUAAAUCAUUUUUCUCCAGCAUCAACUGCACCUGCUAGAUUAUUUCCAAUAAAAACAUAUACAAGUAUUACAGAUGAUGCAGCAUUAAAUUUUGAUCCAUUAGCACCAUCAAAUGAAAAAACUUUAAAUCCUAAUAUUCCAUCAUCAUCACAGACAAAUGGAUCGAAUUUAAUUGAUUUUAAUUAA